CUCUCUCUCACCCUCUCUCUCUUUCUCUCUCCCUCUUUUCCCUCUCUCAAAAUAUCUCACUACAAUACACCACACCACACCACACCACUCCAUCGAGAGAAUCUCACAAGAAAUAACAGUACAUCGUCAAAGAGUAGAGAGAAAGAGAUGAAAGCACCGAGCUUUUCUCUAUCUCUCUCCAUCUCCAUCCCUAUCUGGGCCUGUGCUUUCUCAUCUUAAGCUUCAUCGCCUUCUAGCGCAUCAACCCCACAACCAUACACAUCUUUCUCUCUGUCUUUUUCCUCCAUCUACAUCUGCAAAUCAUCAACCCUAGCCAUGACCCUUGAAGACUCCUUAAGAUCUCUGUCUCUGGACUAUCUAAACCUGCUCAUCAAUGGCCAAGCCUUCAGCGAUGUAACUUUCAAUGUGGAGGGUCGAUUGGUACAUGCCCACCGGUGCAUCUUGGCAGCGAGAAGCCUCUUUUUCAGGAAAUUCUUUUGCGGACCAGACCCACCGGCGGGGCUGGACCCGGGGGGUUCCAGGAUGGGCUCGGCGGCGGCGGCGUUGGCGACGUCGCCCAGGGGCGGGAAUUCGCACGUGAUACCUGUGAAUUCAGUGGGGUAUGAAGUGUUUUUGUUGGUGUUGCAGUUCUUGUACAGUGGACAAGUCUCUAUUGUGCCCCAGAAGCAUGAGCCCAGGCCUAAUUGUGGCGAGAGAGGGUGUUGGCACACGCAUUGCACUUCAGCCGUUGAUCUUGCUCUCGAUACUCUGGCUGCUGCUAGAUCUUUCGGCGUCGAACAGCUUGCAUUGCUCACUCAGAAGCAAUUGGCAAGCAUGGUGGAGAAGGCCUCGAUUGAAGAUGUAAUGAAAGUACUAAUAGCUUCAAGAAAGCAAGACAUGCACCAGCUUUGGACUACCUGUUCCCACCUUGUUGCCAAAUCUGGCCUACCACCAGAAGUCCUAGCCAAGCACCUUCCCAUCGAUGUGGUUGCCAAGAUCGAAGAGCUUCGACUUAAGUCCUCUCUUGCUCGCCGUUCCCUAAUGCCCCAUCACCACCACCACCAAGAUAUUGGUGCUGCGGCUGAUCUCGAGGACCAGAAAAUUCGUCGAAUGAGAAGAGCUCUCGACUCAUCUGAUGUGGAGCUGGUCAAGCUUAUGGUCAUGGGUGAGGGCCUCAAUCUCGAUGAAGCAUUAGCUCUACAUUAUGCUGUUGAGAAUUGUAGCCGGGAAGUGGUUAAAGCUUUGCUCGAGCUUGGUGCAGCCGAUGUGAACUACCCCGCUGGACCAGCUGGGAAAACUCCACUCCACAUUGCGGCCGAGAUGGUAUCCCCCGAUAUGGUGGCAGUUCUUCUGGAUCACCACGCCGACCCGAAUGUCCGAACUGUGGAUGGUGUCACACCUCUCGACGUACUUCGAACCCUAACUUCUGAUUUCCUCUUCAAAGGGGCUGUUCCGGGGCUAACACACAUUGAACCAAAUAAGCUAAGGCUCUGCCUUGAGCUAGUUCAAUCCGCAGCUCUGGUUCUUUCUCGGGAAGAAGGCAGUGCAAACGCUCCUUCUUCUACUACAAUUUACCCACCAAUGAGCGAUGAUCAUCACAGUAGCAGCAGCAGCAGCAACAUGGCUAGCCUAAACCUGGAUUCAAGGUUGGUUUAUCUCAAUCUCGGUGCGACGGGUUCGGGUCAAAUGGGGUCUAGAAUGGAUAGAGAAGAUGAUGUUAGCCACAAUAACCAGAGGGAAGCCAUGAAUCGACAUGGAUCGCAAGGUGGCUGUGACACAUCAAUGUACCACCACUCCCAUGAGUACUAGCUAGCUCAUGAACUAAAUAUUUCUAUAUUAUUCAUGGAUGGUGAAAGACGAGCAAAAGUUCACUAAAACUCAUGGAGAUUAUUGGAUUAUAUCAUCUUCUUAAUUUGUCAUUUCUUCA